AUGUGCCAGCAAUCAGUGCUAUUGAGUCAAUACGAUGGCGGGGACAGUCGUCUAGUUUGCCGUCGGAUACCCGGUCUGGACAGACAACAGCGACAACUAUGCGCUAAACAUCCGCAGCUAAUGCGGUCGCUGGCAUCGGGCGUACGGCUGGCCAUCGAUGAGUGUCAGCGCCAGUUUGCCAGUCAUCGCUGGAACUGUACUACCAGUCCCAGUGAUAGUACACUGUUUGGUAGACAUGUUAUCAAUGCCCUGAGCCGGGAGACAGCGUUCAUCUAUGCCAUCACCAGUGCCGGUGCCGUCUACUCCAUAGCCCGCUGGUGUAGUGGUGGCACAGGUAGCCAAUUGUUGAUGACCACUGGUUGCACUAGUAGUUGCGAUCUGAACCGUUUGUCUACUACUACGGGUAGUGGUGGUCGCGGAUGGGACUCGCGCGGCCAGUUUUCAUGGGGCGGCUGUUCACCCGAUCUACGAUCGGCCGCACGAUUUGUCCACCAGUUUACCGAUACGGGCGAACUAGCCAAUCGGGACUCGACAGCGGCAAUGUAUUUGCAUAAUAAUCAAGUGGGCCGUCAGGCUGUCCUCCGUACGGCCCGUAUUGUAUGCAAGUGUCACGGUGUCAGUGCCUCGUGUUUGGCCCGAACUUGUUGGCGAACUCUACCAUCGUUUCGGACGGUCAGCAACCGACUAAUGGACAGAUAUAGACGGGCCAGGCAUGUCAGGGACAGCCAGACAACACAGAUGAUGGCCCACAGACUACCACCACCACUGAGACAACGGUUGUCGCAAACUAGAGGCAGACGCCAUCAUUAUUAUAAUAGGAUAGGGGAACGGGAUGCUAGUGCUGCUGCUACUGGUGCUGAUCAGCUCAUAUAUCUGGAUGUAUCGCCUGACUAUUGUCAUGUAAAUCCUAAACAAGGAUUAUAUGGUACUGAGGGUCGCCAGUGUAACAAAACGUCAACCGGUACUGAUAGUUGCGAACAUGUUUGUUGCGGUAGUGGCUAUCGUACUGAACGGCUGUCCCUUAGCUACCGAUGCCAAUGCAAGUUCUACUGGUGCUGCUAUGUUAAGUGCCAGGUAUGCACCAAAAUACAGACCCUAAAUACAUGUAGAAGCUAUUAG